CGUUCCCUCUUUUCUGCUAAUCUCGAGUUAGCUUCUGUUUUUUUCUGUUUAUUCUUUUUCAGGCAGCAGAACAUUGCAUGCAGGCAGGCGGUCGGAGCGGCUGAGUCCUGCGCUAUCAGAGGGGAAGACUGGAGUGGUUGUCUCUCGCUACUACGCUCUAUUUCUCUCUCUAUUUCUCUCUCUUGCCUGUGUUCUGCCUGCUACCAUCAGAAUAACAUUCCUGCAGCUCUGGAUUAUCUGCCUAAAACACAGAAUUACACGUUUACACACACACCUGGGAAAUCUCUGGAUACCGUAAACAGAAGGAGAGAGGCUUCUGUUUCCCUUCGUGGGCGACCUCUUCUCCACACGCCAUGAACAAGAUGAAGAACUUUAAGAGACGUUUCUCUCUGUCUGUCCCUCGCAUCGAGGAAAACGAGUUCACUGAGCAAAUCAACCAGCUCAACAUCCAACACACUCAGGCACUGACUCCAGACAGCCUGACCCUGCCGUCACUGCACCCUGAGGCCAGUCCCAGUCCAGUGAGCACUGAGCCAGCCACACCCGGAGCACAGUCCCCCUCCCAGCUCCAGUACCGCAGCAAAGCACCACACCGACGCUUCUCUAUGGAAGACGUGAGUAAGCGUAUGUCUCUGCCCAUGGACAUCCGCCUUCCUCCGGAGUUCCUCAAGAAGCUGCAGAUGGAGAGAGAGAUGGACAGUGAGAACAACUCUCCUCCCUGCAAACCCCUCAGCCGCAUGUCCCGACGGGCUUCACUGUCUGACAUUGGCUUUGGAAAGCUGGAGACGUACGUGAAAUUGGGCAAACUUGGAGAGGGAACGUAUGCCACCGUUUUUAAGGGUCGGAGCAAACUGACAGAGAACCUGGUGGCGCUGAAAGAGAUUAGGCUCGAGCACGAGGAGGGAGCGCCCUGUACAGCUAUCAGAGAAGUGUCUCUACUGAAGAACCUCAAACACGCCAACAUUGUCACACUGCAUGACAUCAUACACACAGAACGCUCCCUCACUCUUGUCUUUGAGUACCUGGACAGUGAUCUGAAACAGUACCUGGACAACUGUGGAAACCUGAUGAGCAUGAACAACGUCAAGAUCUUUAUGUUCCAGUUGUUACGUGGUCUGUCCUACUGCCAUAAGAGGAAGAUCCUUCACAGAGACCUCAAACCUCAGAACCUGCUCAUCAACGACAAGGGAGAGCUCAAACUAGCUGACUUUGGUCUGGCACGGGCCAAGUCUGUCCCCACUAAGACCUACUCCAACGAGGUGGUGACUCUAUGGUACCGCCCCCCUGAAGUACUUCUGGGUACCACAGAGUACUCUACACCCAUCGACAUGUGGGGCGUGGGCUGUAUUCUAUUUGAGAUGGCGACAGGUCGUCCCAUGUUCCCCGGCUCCUCAGUGAAAGAGGAGCUGCACUUAGUCUUCAGAAUCAUUGGUACCCCAAAAGAGGACAGCUGGCCAGGUAUCUCCAAUAAUGAUGAGUUCAGAUCCUACAUGUUCCCCGAGUACAGACCUCAGCCACUCAUCAACCACGUCCCUAGGCUGGAUACUGAGGGGAUUAACAUGCUAACUGCUUUACUCCUGUAUGACACUAGGACCAGAGUCUCAGCUGAAGCAUCUCUUAGACACCCCUACUUCCUCAGCCUGGGAGAGAACAUCCACAGCCUUGCAGACACCUCCUCUGUGUUUUCUCUCAGAGAAAUUAAACUGCAGAAAGACCCAGGCCACCGCAGCUCAGUGUUCCAGCCUCCAGGUCGGGGGAAGAACAGAAGGCAGAGCAUAUUCUAAAGGACGACCAACCGGUGGAGUGCAGACAGGGCGAGAGAAACCCUCAAGGAGGAAUCGGCUUUGAAGACAAACACACUCCAAUCCCUCAUACAAACAGAAAUACAAAUGCAAACACAAACAUCCAGGUCACAUCAGAGUCUAACCUCAAAGGUCUUUCCUGGUUAAAUAAAGGUUCAAGUUAAAUUUACACAAACAUCUAACCCUCUCCCUCCCCACAACGGAGGAUGGAUAAAGACAGGGUUUCUGAGAAUAAACUAGCACUGCACCUUAAACGUCUUGGAGCCGAGGUCUCUCUAUAUGAGCAUUCAACUGUCAGGAUUCUAGGACUGACCAGGAAGUAUCUCCCAUUCUCCUACCCAAUCCCCUUCCUACUCAGCCCCCUGCAGACACCCAAGCUAACCAAUCACUCUGCAUGUUUCAAUGAUCUUCACUUCUCCCUUUCCCUUCCUCCUCUCCUUCUGUUCAUGUCCCCUUGAAAUAAAAUAACACAGAGUUAGCACCUUGCAACACAACCACCAUCUGAGACCAAAACUCUAAAUCCAAACUAAAUCUGAAUGGUUGGGGAAGAGUCCAUUUACGGAAAACCUGCCUCUACAUAACCACCCCUUGAUUUCACCUAGUGGGGAUUUCAUUCAAAUCAGUAUUACAGUUUUUUAAAUGGCCUUAGUAAAAUGUGCUUGAGAUUUCUUUCUUCAAAAUAUGAUAUAAAGAAACCUAUGGGCAUUUGCUUUGCAUUAGUGAAUAACACACGUUUAGUGUUCGUAUCACUGAGUCUCCUAUUUGCACAAACCUGAAAUCACCUCUGAAGAGUGUUCCUGGACUGGCUCUAGAUUAAGAUGAAGAAGGAUUAGACAAAGACCAUUCCAUAAUGAACCCGGAAUUGCAAAUGGAAACCGACUAUUCCAAUUGGUUUAUUCCCUUCCAUUCACUGGAGAACAAAUUCUGAUCUCCCCCACUUUUCUCUGAAGUGUGCAGUUGUUUCUUCCCCCUGUGAAAUGGGCUUGGGAAUUCCAAUUGGCUCCCAGAGCAGAUAUAGAAUACUUCCUGAAUAAUCUGAACGUCACUGUCUAAUCUGUCUCCAUCUCAUGCUUGGACCGAGCCUCUCUUCUAACAUAGUCUCCCCCUACCUCUCGCCUAACCUCCUCUCACCUACCUCUCUCCUAACCUAGGGUGCAUCUAGUCUUGAGGGGGUUCAUCUUCUCCUCUCAUUCAUCUAAACUGUUAUAAAAAAGACAGGGUCACUGAAAAGCAAUUUGGGGUAAGCCUACUAGGAUUCAAUCUGUUUACACCUCUGUGUGUCCAGCACAUUUACAUCUGAUGAAAGAAAGGGAACAAGGAGAGGGAGCCACUAUAGACUACUCAGAUGCAGUUCUCUCUACCCCACACUGGAGACAACGCCAAUAAUCUUAUAGAACUAACUUUCCUUGUCUCCUUUACUUCCUCACCACCUAACUGAAAAAACUGACAGGUAACAGCAAUAUGGUGGACACUUAUCCAGUCCUAUCAGUGACCAUGAAGGAAAUAAGGUAAGGAAGGGAAGCCAAAAGCAUUGGGACCCACUGGGAGAGAUGGCGAUCUGUGUAUUACACUUUAAAACUUCCCAUCUGUUUAUUUUAGCAACCUCUGGGGCAGAAGUAUUAGCCUACUGUAUAUGUUUUGCUGUGGUAAAUUAAGAUAUUUUAAAUACUGUACUGUAAUGAAAAUAAAUUAUAUAUAUAUAUAUACCUUAAAGGCCCAGUGCAUUCAAAAAUGUGAUAUUCCUGUGUUUUAUGUAUAUUUCCACACUAUGAGGUUUGACUAAUAUUGUGAAAUUGUGAAAAUGAUAAUGCCCUUUUAGUGUAAGAGCUGUUUGAAAAUACCACCUGUUUACUGCCAGGCGGUAAAUUAGUUAAUAGUCAAAUAAGAAAGAGAGUUCCAAACCUCUCUGGCAAUAACAGCUAGUUUUCAGUUUUCCCCUCACUCAGACCACUCCCAUACAGUCUUAGCUUCUUAGCAAAGAGCAAUUUCUAAUUUUGCUAUCUGGUUAUUUAGAUAUUAGUUUAUUUUUGACAACUUUAAUUGACAGCAAUCACAGUAAGGUACUUAAUUGUAACACAGAAAUGAUUUGAUGUCGUGAUAAAAACAUCUGCAUUGGACCUUUAAGAGAUGUUUUUUUUCUCAGUGAAUUUUAUGCCAGAUGAUACAAGUGAUGACUGUAUUAAAUUACUGUAGAUGAUGUCUAAAUGUUUUAUAAAAGAUAAAGUAUAUUUAGAUUUUGUAUAAAAUGUGAUAUUCAAUAUUUUGUGUGAUUUAUCUACAGCACUAUUAUUAAAACCAGAAACUGAAUGUAUUGUGACUGCCAAGAAGCCAAAAGUGAUCAAAUAAUAAAUAACUGAUAAAUUAAUAAAUGAUAUUUCUGUAGCACAA